UGUGCCACUUUCAGGUCUCCUCACACUGCUGGUGUGUUCCAUUUUUGUCAUAGGGUGCUGGCAGAUUACGGGCCUCCUAUAGCUGCUGCCAGGUCCCCCAUAAUCUGCCAUGGGCCCCUGUACCGCCUCCUCAUGCUGCUGCCAGUCCACAGUGUCUCAUGCCAUGUACCCACUUUUCAGGUCUCCUCACACUGCUGGUUGUUAAUUUUUUGACAUAGGGUCCUGGCAGAUUACGGGCCUCCCAUAAGCUGCUGCAAGGCCCCUAAUCUGCCAUGGGCCCCCUAUAAUACCGCCUCCUCAUGCUGCUGGCCAAGUCCAGAGUGGAAGCUGUCAUGGUCCCUGUAACGGCC